UGUUCAGAGUGUGGAAAGAGAUUCAGCAUGAGGAACAGUCUUCAAAACCAUCAGAGAACCCACACAGGGGAGAAACCUUUUGAAUGCUCAGAGUGUGGAAGGAGAUUCAGUCAAAGUAGCAGCCUCCAAUUGCACCAAAGAACGCAUACAGGGGAGAAACCUUUUGAAUGCUUUGAGUGCGGGAAGAGAUUCAGUAUGAGUGGCAAUCUUCAGCAUCAUCAGAGAACCCAUACAGGGGAGAAACCUUUUGAAUGCUUUGAGUGCGGGAAGAGAUUCAGUAUAAGUAGCAAUCUUCAACAUCAUCAGAGAACCCAUACAGGGGAGAAGCCUUUUGAAUGCUUUGAGUGCGGGAAGAGAUUCAGUAUGAGUAGCGAUGUACGACGGCAUCAGAGAACUCACACAGGGGAGAAACCUUUUGAGUGCUCAGAGUGUGGGAAAAAAUUCAGUUAUAGAAACAAUCUUGAAGCGGACAGUUUCUUCCCAGAGAUGAAGCAAAAACUUGAAGGUGGGGGUCGGGCAGAAGACUCUUUCCAUAGCCAAGUGAAUACAGGCAUCUCUUCCCAGUCUGUGACCCAAGAGAAGGGGCAGGAGAUGGAAGAAGAGGACCCAAGAGGACCUGGGACUGGCGAGGCAGCAAGUAUAGGCCCCCAUCCCAUCCAAUCUGGGAGUGGUGUUGACUUCUGGGAAAGGGCUGGGCCAGAGAUUCUAACUCAAGACAGCAUAACCUCAGAUGUCAAUAGCCAGCGCUUCCAGCUGUUCGGCUACCAUGAGGCCGAUGGGCCCCGAGAGGUUUGCAGCCAGCUCCAUGGACUUUGCAACCAGUGGCUGAAGCCGGAGAGGCACAGCAAGAAGCAGAUGGUGGACCUGGUGAUCCUGGAGCAGUUCCUGACUCUCCUGCCCCAGGAAAUGCAGAGCUGGGUCAGGGGAUGCGGGCCAGAGAGCAGUUCCCAGGCGGUGGCCUUGGCCGAAGGUUUCCUCCUGAGUCGGGCCGAGGAGAAGAGGCAGGCAGAACAGGGAGAAGCCUCUCUUCAUAGCCAAGUAAAUACAGGCAUCUUUUCCCAGUCUGAGGUGACCCAAGAGAAGGGGCAGGAGAUGGAAGAAGAGGACCCAGGAGGACCUGGGACUGGCAAGAUAGCAAGCAAAGGCCCCCGUCCCAUCCCAGCUGGGAGUGCUGUUGAAUUCUGGGAAACAGCUGGGCGAAAGAUCCUAGCUCAGGACACCAUAACCUCUGAUGUCAAUUGCCAGCACUUACAAUUGUUCUGCUACCAUGAAGCCGAUGGGCCCCAAGAGGUUUGCAGUCAGCUCCAUGGACUUUGCAACCAGUGGCUGAAACCGGGGGAGCACAGCAAGAUGCAGAUUCUGGACCUGAUGUUGGGACCAUCUGUGAAGAUAGAAGUUAUAAUCCCUGAGGCGGAAGGAGGUCCUUCUAAGGAGGGGCAGAGGGCACAAGCCGUGGAGCGUGCCCAAGAUAGCCUCUCCUGUGAAAAAAAGCCCUUCAAGACACCCUUCCCCCUGGUUGGGAUUACAAGCUUCCUCUCUGCCUGUGAUCUAGAAAUCAUCGUGUCUGGAAACAAAGCUUGCGUUGCCCGGGGCCAGUAG